AUGGAGGCGCGGGGGCGGCGGCGGCGCUGCGGGCUCGGGGCGCGGCGCUGGGCGGCGGCGCUGGCGGCGGCCGCGGGGCUGCUCGCCCUGUGCUCGCGGCUGCCCGAGCCGGAGCCGCGGGGCGAGGUGACGGUGCUGCUGUGGUGGGAGCCGUUCGGGCGCUCCCCGCGCCCCGCCGAGUGCCCGCGGUGCCGCUUGAGCGCCGAGCGCUCCCGGCUGGGCGAGGCGCACGCCGUGCUCUUCCAUCACCGCGACCUGGCGCUGCGCGGAGCCCGCGCGCUGCCCCGCGGGGCCCCGGCGCGACCCCCGCGGCAGCGAUGGGUCUGGAUGAACUUCGAAUCGCCCUCGCAUUCCCCGGGGCUCAGCGAUUUGGGAGGCAUCUUCAACUGGACCAUGUCCUACCGGCGCGACUCUGAUGUCUUCGUGCCUUACGGGUAUCUGCGCGCCCCGCCGCGCCCCUUCGUGCUGCCCCGCAAGACCAGGCUGGUGGCCUGGGUCAUCAGCAACUGGAACGAGGAGCACGCCCGGGUGCGGUAUUACCGGCGGCUGAAGGAGCAUCUCGCCAUCGACGUCUACGGGGCGCGAGGGAUGGAGCUGGACCGCGGCGGCGUGGUGGAGACCGUCUCGUCCUACAAGUUCUACCUGGCCUUCGAGAACUCCCAGCACACUGACUACAUCACCGAGAAGCUCUGGAGAAAUGCCUUCGCCGCCAGCGCUGUGCCCGUUGUCCUUGGUCCACGCAGAGCCAACUACGAGCGCUUCAUCCCCCCGGAUUCCUUCAUCCAUGUCGAUGACUUCUCCAGCCCCCAGCUGCUGGCCACGUACCUGAAGUUCCUCGAUAAGAACAAAUCCAACUACAGGAGGUAUUUUGCCUGGAGGAAGAAGUACGAGGUCCACGUCACCUCGUUCUGGGACGAGCAUUUCUGCAAGGUUUGCGAGGCUGUGAGGGCAGCCGGGAAUCAAAUCAAGACCGUACACGAUCUGGCCGGCUGGUUUGAAAGCUGAUGUCCCUGAGCCAAGACACAGGGAAGGACGAAUCUCACAGAGAUAGUAGUCAAAGUUGUACGCAGAAGUCAAAGUUGUACACUGUGUUGUCAGUGGGACAGUGAUACAGGUAAACGAGCCAUGAAAAGCUCACAGAAGGAAGAUUUUUAUUAAUAUGCAAGAUUAUGCAACUACAAAGAAACAUAGAAUCAUAGAAUAAUUAGGGUUGGAAGGGACCUUAAAGAUCAUCCAGUUCCAACCCCCCUGCCAUGGGCAGGGACAUCCCACUGGAUCAGGCUGCCCAAGGCCCCAUCCAACCUGGCCUUUAACACCUCCAGGGAUGGGGCAGCCACAGCUUCCCUGAGCAAUCUGUGCCAGUGUCUCACUACUCUCAUGGUGAAGAAAGUCUUCCAUAUGUCUACUCUAAAUCUGCCCCCCUCCAGUUUAUACCCAUUGCCCCUCAUCCUGUCACUCUAUGCUUUUAUAAACAGUCCCUCUCCAGCUUUCUUAUAGCCCUUUUCAGGUACUGGAAGGUCGCUAUAAGAUCUCCUUGGAAGUUGAAUCUCCAGAAGUCACAUGGAUCUGAAAGCUUUACAGCUGUGCAUAGCUCUAUAUAAAUAAUGGAUGCCAAGUUCUUCAGCCAUACAGCUGAAACCAAUUUUCUCGGCUAUGACAGCUUCCUGGACCAUGAAACUCUCUGCUGCUUGCAGGGGAUACGCGAUCAGCGCUGGCUUUCUGUACUCCAAAGACAAAAGCAAACAUUUUUAACAGUGAUUAUUAUGCGCGUGAAAGCUAUUUGCAGGCGAAUUCUGAGCUGCACGUGUUGAAUGUAAGAAUGUAAUGAUACAGUAGCACUUUUUAGCAAUGUUUGGAAUUGCUUUCAGCCAAAUAAUAGUUUGUUUUAGGAAAAAGUGGAUGGAGGGGAGUGUAUCUGAGUGGAACAAACAGCUCAGAUGAUGAUGUGUAUUUCUUCCACUUUCUACCCAAGCCGUAGACGUGUUUAUUCUGUAUAAAUUGGAGAAGAACUUUAAGUACAGGAAAAGACAGACCAUAGACAAAAAGCUGAAGCAUGUCCACCCUCCCUUUAUGCAGGAAUUAGAAAGUGUUUACAGAGGUCUGUGUCUUUUUCUCUGCAACACUGCUGCCAUAUAGGAAAAGGCAGAGAAAGGCUCAAAACUACAGGGUUUUUGUUACUAUAUUAAAUAUAUAUACAGAAUCUUAAAUUAUUUCUCUAGUGUCAUUAGACAGUCCUGUUGUGUAGUGAUUUUUUUGUGGGAUGUUUGUAAAAAUUCUGCUGAGUGACAAACUGUUCGGAAUACUGCUUUGCUGUAUGUAAGAUAAUAAUUACACUCCACCUCUCCCCCAAUGCUCAAGUCCCAAAUCACUGCCUUUCAAAAGAAAAAUAGCAUAGAGAAUAAGAUCUAGACUGUUGGCAAAAUAUAGAUUGUGUGAGGAAAGAAUAUGAAAAGGGAAAGAUUUACAACCUUUUCCUUUUGAGAUUUUUUCCUAGCUCAGUUCUUUGAUCAAUAAAGAGGUUCCUAAGAUAAAACUUCCUUCUUUAAUUGCCUGCCAGGAACAUUUACAGUAGUUAUUCCCUUUCAGAUUCUGCCAUUUUUCUGGAAUGAGAUCUAGCAGUCAGUGUGUGGUUACUUUUCAGUUACACGUAAUCUUGCAUGGUGAAAUUCAGAAAGAAACUUCAGUUGCAAUUACACAUCCUGGGGAAGCUGAUCCCUCCCUCCCCUUUGCAACUAUAAGGUCUUGGGGGCAAAAAAUGAUAACCCACAAGAGUCCUGCACAGAUGAUGAAGGGAUUCGUCCAGCUCCUAUUUAAAGAGCAGGAUAGUCAAUGAACUUACCCAGAGACUUGACUUGGAGUAAAAUCGUGGGCACAGAACAGGUGGGAAAAGAAGAAGGUCAGUAGCAAAUGAAAGAUGGGUAUCAGAACAGGGGAGUUUACUGGCAUUUGUGAGUCAGAUUUGGCUUAGAAAAGGAUUAGAUUUGACUUUAGGGUAAGGAAUGUUGGGUAGGUGCUUUUAUGAGCUGACAGCCUACUGUAAUUUAAUUUAGAUGCUCCCCAUGGUUAAGUAAGCAUGGAACCAAGGAUUAUUGAAAAAAAAUAGUACUAGUUAAAUUCAUUAACAAUUUGCACAGAUUUACCAGAUCAGAUCUAGCUGGCUCCUACGCUUAAGUGAGGAAGAACCCCUGAAAGUACUUAAUGAACCUAUCUGUUGUUGGUGCCAGAGUUGCUAUAGAAAUGUUAUUGGGAAAGAAGACAGUCAAAAGUGUGUGGAGUGUAGUAGGCAUGGUCUCUAGCAGCACAUUUUCACUGAAACAGGUGUUAAGUGGUUAUUUAAAGCAGAAGCAUGUUCUUCAUGGCAUGUUCGUCUGUCUCUCUACCCAAUCUGCGACUCCCAUAAUAUUAUUUUUGAUGUUUUUCAAAAUCUAUUUUAAAUAUGUCAUUAACAGUAAUAGCUAACUGUCAGGAUAAUAGAAUCUGUCUCCUUUUGAAUUAUCCUUUUUUUUUUCUGUUUAGUUUUUCUCAUGGUUCAUGUGAAUGUAUAGCAAAUCUGAUCUUAAAAGUGAUGAGCAGUCUUUGAGAACUAAAAUUUAAGAUGGCACAACUUUUUAUCAGCCUUCUGAAACUGCUGUAUUUUUUUAGUCCUCCUACAUUUUUUAUCUUUUUCUUAGAGUUUCCAGUCAGAGAGUUCUUCCCUGUAAUCAUUAAUAAUGCCACAGGCCAAAGAUCAGACUAUAAAAGAAUGGGAAUUUUCAAAGAUUGCAACUAAUUUCUCAGCCUCUCUAAGAAAAGCAGCUGAAAACUGAUGAACUGGAGUUUUGUAAAAAUCAGAAAAGAUUAAUUAUAAUUAAAUAAUUAAAAUUUCAUGUUUGAAUAAGGUGAUUUGUUGUGCUGUAUUUAUUCAUUUCACAUUGAGUAUUUCCAAGAAAUGUAUAAUGAAAAGUGCUGUCUUGUAAUAAUUACUUCAGAGCACUUGCAGCCUUUUCUAAGCUUCAUCAUUCUUGCAUGAGCAUUGCACACUUUUGCCUUUAGGUUUGGGAGGAAAUUCAGCCCUCGUCUACCGCUGCUGAAGUCAAUAAUACAGCAUCUCUGUAAGUCUAGUUUGUUUUUCUCAUCCACUCCACAGGCAAGUAGUUAGUGUACCAUUAAAAGCUAAGGACUGGCUUUUGUAAUUUGCUCCUCAGAGCCUGAAUUAGAUGAUAAAUAAGAAGUUUGCCUGAGCAAAUUGGAUUGUAGAUCAGGUAUCAGACUCCUGAAGAUACUUUUGGUGAUGAAUAUAAUCCACCUGCAAAAAUUAAGCAAAUUUAUUUUCUAUUUUAAGUAGAAAAAUCUUUUUGGAUAUAUAUUUUUAAGUGUUUUAUUCUGUGCCUGAAAAUACCAGGGUGGAGGGAGAGAAAGUAAGAUCAUUAUCUUCUGUUUUUUAUAAGCAGAAGAAUUAAUAUUACUUUUUAAUUCUGGUAUAAAUGGAAUAGCAAACUGUGUGAUCCUUUAAGUUACAUCUUGUAUCUCAGGGAAUUUUAUAGUGUAAGGUCUGUUCAUAGAAUGAAGUUACUUUGUAUUAAUUAUUUAGGUUGAUGCUCAAUAAAAUUAAAGAAAGGAAGUAGCACAAAAUGACCCUAUUUUUUUUUCUAUUUUGUCUUCUGUGUUAUGAAAGCUGUGGAAAACUGCUUGUUAAAGGGAAUGGGUUUCUUUUUAUGUUUGGUUAAUCAACAGAAAUGUCUGAUUGUUCUAAAAGUAGCCAGACUGUCUGAGGUUAGGAGUGAAACCUGGUUGUGCAUGGAGAAAAAUAUUUCCAUAGGAGGGGCUGUACUGAGUUAUUUUCACUGUGAAAAGGAGCAUUUAUUGAAGUUGGCUGUCUGCUGGAAAAAUGUCAUUUCAAACAACACCAAAACCCAAAGUCUCUCUUGACCUAGAGAAAAUUUAAAUGUGGCUGGAUUUUUUUUGCCUCCUUAGAUUUCAAAAUGAAAUGGAGAUUGUGUUUAUUUGGCUAUUCAGCUGAUAGUUCUACAGCUGCCUUUUUAGCUGAAAGUUUUUUUCAUGCUUGUUCAUCGUCAUCUUCAACUGAGCAACAAACGAGUAAGCUUUCUCUGACACUGACUGCAGCACAGUUGCUGGCUCACCUCUCUCUUUACUCGUCUACUAUACUGCUUGGUGCGUAGAAUUGGGACAUUUCAGCGUUUCUUAAACUUUAUGCCCAGCCAGGGUGUUGUGGGUGCUACAGCCCUCACUUUCCCCCCUCUCAGGUGAUUGGUGUUUUAUCACCAUCACAUUUAACUUUUGUAAGUAGAGCUUAAACUGACUUCUUUUUCACUCAUGCCUGAGAGAAGAAACUGGUUUUUUUGCUGUUUAUCCAGGCAUGAUCGAACUUAUGGGUUGGGGAAAAUAUUUUUCUGCCAAACAGUGGGUGUCAUUUGUUCAAGUUUGUUUGGUGACUCUAAAAAAGCGAGUUAUGUCUGAUUAAACUCACUUGCACAGGUCUCUAUCCAACAGUCAUGUAAAAUGGUAUUUUUUCUAAGAGUGUAAACAGGCCUUUGCAGGGAGCAUAGAGCUGACUCAAUCUAAAAUCUUUUGACAAGAACACAAUAAUUUAGCAUGGGUUUAUGUGGUAUUUAACUACAGACAAAUCAGGAUCAAGUGUGAAAGCCGAUUUCUAAUCAUAAAAAAGUCAUUAUUUGAAUAAAUUAGAUGUCACUUGUAAUAAUUUAUGUAACAAUCAUGAUUUAACAAUUAUGAUCUGUAUAGUUCUGGUAUUCUCCUCUGUACCGUAAGUGAAAAACAAUACCCAAGGCAACAGUAACUAUGUCUGCUCCAAGUUCUGCAGAUGUUUUGCUUUGGGAUCUUAAGCUACUUACUUAAGCCUUAAUUUUUCGUAGUGACAGCUGUUCCUAAGAGUGUCACUCCAAAGAAUAUCUGAGAGGAGUAAGAGAAAGCCUGGUUUUCAGCAGUGCUUUGAGAGGUGCAGGGACAUGACACGCGGUGAUAAGGUGCUCAGUGACUUCAGGAAACCCCCUGAAGCUACAAGCUCCUUUCGACAGGAAAAUUUUCUUUUAAGAAGUAAAUACUUCUCGUUUGGAGUCCUUGGAAUUAGAUAAUUGCAUGGGUUUAAGUUUUGCAUACAGAGCUAAAAUUGGAUUUAUUUCAGUAGUGAUCGCUAUUUUAAUAAUAUUCUUUUAAUAACUAUCUAAAGGUGGUCCAAAAUUUGAAAUUUGCUUUUCUUUCUAUUUCUUAAGCUGUCUUACGACAGCCCAUGGGUUUGUUAUACACAUUAUGGAAAACAGUUCUGCUUUUGCAUCCUUGAAUUUGCCACAGGAGUAAAAGAUGCUCUACGUAUUUUGGGUAUCAGAAAGCUAAGUGUGGGAAGAAGCAGAGCACUAGCAGUGCCCAGGUGCUGGCAUGCUCUGAAAUUCUGAUCCCAAGAGUGUCUGUGCCUGCAGAUUAACCAUCUUGUUUAUGAGCAGAAGGCAGAAAGAUGAUUGCCGACAUGAAGUGUAGAUUAUCAUAUUAAUUACUCGCUAGGACCCCCUGGGACAUGGUCCUCUGAGACAGGGGAGCGGAACAGAACUGGAAAAUUUUUAAGGAAGCUUUCCAUAGAGCGCAAGAGUGCUCAGUCCCCGUGUGUAGAAAAUAAGGCAGGAAAAGGGAAAGACCAGUGUGGCUGAGUCGAGACCUGCUGGUCAAACUCAAGAACAAGUGGGAACUGCACAGGCAGUGCAAGCAGGAGCAGGGAACCUGGGGCACGUAUAGACACUGCCUGGUUGUGUAGGGAUGAAGUCAGGAAGGCCAAGGCGCAGCUGGAGCUGAACUUGGCAAGGGAAGUAAAGACUAACAAGAAGGGCUUUUACAGGUACAUCAAUCGAAAGAGGAAGGUCAAAGAGAAUGUACCCCCAUUGAUGGUUGGAAAUGGGGAUCACGUAUCAACAGAUGAGGAGAAGGCUGGCGUACUUAACAACUUUUUUGCCUCAGUAGAGGCAAAACUCCUAGAAGCUAUGCUAAAGCACAUGGAGGACAGGGAUUAAUGGCAGCCAGCAUGGCUUCACCAGGGGCAAAUCCUGUAUGACCAACUUAGUGGCUUUCUAUGACGGGGGAACCACAGCAGUGGACAUCGGUGAACCAAUGAAUGUGAUCUAUCUGUACUUCUGUAAAGCCUUUGACAUGGUCCCCCACAACAUCCUUCUCUCUAAAGUGGAGAGAUAUGGAUUUGAUGAGUGGAUGGUACGGUGGAUAAGAAACUAGUUGGAUGGUCGUAUUCAAAGAGUAGUGGUCAAUGGCUCAAAGUCCGGAUGGAGAUCUGUGACAAGUGGGGUCCCGCAGGGGUCUGUACUGGGACCGGUGCUGUUUCAUAUCUCUAUCAAUGAUGUUGACAGUGAGAUUGAGUGCACCCUCAGCAAGUUUGUGGAUAACACCAAGCUGAGUGGUGUAGUUGCCACACCAGAAGGACGGGAAGUCAUCCAGACGGACCUGGACAGACUGGAGAAGUGGGCCUGUGAGAACAUCAUGAAGUUCAACAAGGCCAAGUGUAAGGUCCUACACCUGGCUCGGGGCAAUCUCUGUUUUCGGUACACGAUGGGGAAUGAUAUGGUUGAAGCAGUGCUGCAGAGAAUGACUUGGAAGUGAUGGUUGAUAAGAAGUUCAACAUGAGCCGGCAAUGUGCGCUCUCAGCCCAGAAACCAACUGUAUCCUGGGCUGCAUCAAAAGAAGCAUGGCCAGCAGGGCGAGGGAGGGGGUUCUGCCCCCUCUAUUCCUCUCUUGUGAGACUUUGUCUGGAGUAUUGUGUCCAGUUCUGGAAUCCUCAGCAUAAGAAGGAUAUGGAGCUGUUGGAACGGGUCCAGAGGAGGGCUACAAAGAUGAUUGGAGGGCUGGAGCACCUUCCAUACGAGGAUAGGCUGAGAGAGUUGGGCUUGUUCAGCCUGAAGAAGAGAAGGCUCAGAGGAGAUCUUAUAAUGACCUUCCAGUACCUGAAGGGAGCCUACAGGAAAGCU